AUGCCACGCGCUGUUAGAGGCCUGCUCAUCGAGUGCGAUCCCUCGAUUAAGUCCAUGAUCUUGAAGUACGACGAGGAACGACAUGACUAUAUUGUAGAAGACCUGGAUGAUGAGAAUCAUCUGGUCAUCAAGGAGAGUCAGCUGGAAAACCUGAAGGCACGCCUGGACCAUGAUCUCGAUGAGAAAAUCAUGCAGCUUGACGAAUCCGAAUCCGAGUAA